UGAUAAUGUAAAUGGGUAGAUGCAAGACAGGCAGACGGCGAAUAUUGACAUUUGGCAACACAUCCGCCAUUACGAGACAAAGUCUUUUACACGCGUUUAAAGUUUUGAAAUUAAAAACUUCAUUAAAAUAGAAACGAUUGUAAUCUUAUAAUGUUAAAUUUUGAGGAUAAAUUUGUGUAAAAAUAAAUUAUACAGAAAUAUAGAAGAAGAAAGGAAAACUUACAUUCUCUUUUGUCAUCUUCGACUUUAAAUGAACAACUCUCUGAUAACUGAGUUGACAAAUCGUUUAAUUAGCGCUUUAGACAGUAAUUAUGAUGUUGUUGAUAUGGACGCUGUACUGCUUGUCAUCUCAAUGUUGGAAGGAGCAAAAAUUACAAAGGAACAAUUGGAAACCACCAGACUGGCUAUGUACAUAAAUACCUUAAGGCGUAGAACAAAGUCAGAACAUAUUGCACGUCGAUCUAAAAACUUGCUAAAAAAAUGGCGUGAGAUGUUUAUUCCAACUCUUCCUACACCACAACAGCAGCAGCAACAACAACAUCAUCAUCAGCAACUACAGCAACAACAGUAUCAACAUUACCAAAAACAACAGCAGCAUCAACAAGUACGGCAAUUACAUCAGCAACAGCAUUUACCGCAGCCAACAAAGUUACAAACGCAAAACAGGCUAAAAUCAAAACUUAAUAACUUGCCCCCACCUUCCCAACAAAAUAUCGGAUCACCACCAACAAUUAUUUUAGACGAUUGCGCUGAAUCGAACGAUUAUGUUGUAUUGAAUUCUGAUGUUAUAGUUCCUUUACCACAAAUUGAAUCAAGAAGGCAACCAGAUGUUAUUACGAAAAAAACAAAAAGUGAGGAUAAUAGUAGUCGUGGAGGGUUUAGUGGAAUGGAUGUUGUGGGUAGUACUGGAGGAGCGAUUCCUGCAGAAAAUAGUAGUAAUUCAAUUGAUUUUAAGUUAUCAACCAAAAAUGCCUUAAGUGCCAAUAGCAAUAACUUAGCAAGAAAGGCCGAUCCGCACGAAAAUUAUGGCGAUAAUAAUAGUGGUGGUCAUAGACCAGGAGGAGAAAGUUUUGGAAAUGCCAUUAUUAACAAUAUCAGUGGGAUACGUAAUAGAGCAAAUUUCAUAUCAGACGGCUCUAAUUCGACUAAGUUAUCAACUGCGAAAAGAAGUGAGGUGAUAUGUAAUAAAAAACAAAUAGUUCAAAACGAAAAUAGCUCAACUAUGGGAGUAGUUAACACAUUUAAUAAUAAACAAGUUAGUUUCGCUAAUGUGUUGGACACUGUAUCUGAAAACUUAAAUCUCAAAAUGUCAGCUCUACCAGCUCAGCAGUCAAAAUCAACAGUAAAUUUUACCGAUCAUAGCUCUAAUCAGAAUUUAGAGUCAAAUCAAAAACAGUCAUUACCAAUUUUUAAUGGGCAGAUGAAUCAACAGCCUAUUACAAUUGAUUUGAAUGAUUCAAAUGAUGAUUCAAAUUCAAAUCUAAUGGACACUUUCGAUUCUGACAAUACUAUUAGGUCAGAGGGGGGCGUGUCAAAUGCAAACAAUCCAAUGACAAAGAUAAUACAACACAGAAAAAAUCGAAAACACAAAAAAGACAAAAAACGUUACAAAGAAAAACACAGGGAAAUCAAGCAACAAAUAAACCAACCAACAAUUAAUUUAAUAAAUGACAUGAAUGAUGAUUGUAUAUUUCCUAACAACACAGGUCUUUCUCCUAGCUGCAGUGAAAUAAGUUCAAAAACAAUCAACGCUUUUGAUGUCGAAGAGGGAGAGUCUCGAUGUAAUGUAGCCAAUAAUGUUUUAGGUUUGCCAAUACCUAAUGAAGGUUUAUCGUUGUCAAACAGUUCUUUGAGCACAUUUCCCAGCUCUAAUGCUAAUACAACACGGCAAACUUCAGAGUCAACAAUCGGCAACAAUUUAACUGUUAAAAAGACUGAUUUAACAUUUGCUGGAAAAUUUAAGAAGAGUUCAACUACUUCAACUUUAACUAAUAUUUUCGAGGCAAAUACUGAGCUACCUUCAACAAAUAAUCAGGCUCAACAAUUGCAACAACCUCAACCAAAACCGCCGCAACAACAUCAGCAGCAACAACUUCAACAAAAACAGAAUCAAAUGUUAAAUAAAAAAUUAAGUAAAAUAUCAAGCAAUGAUAUGUAUGUCGACGGAUCAGGAGCAAAUGAACCGAAAAUAGCAGCGGCAAUGAAUUCAUCCUCCAAUAUAAUGAUUGUAGAAAGCCGCAGCUGUUCGCCAUUCGAACCAAAUAUAUUAUCAAAUAAAAUUACUUCAAGUGAUGUAAUUGGUACUAAUUCUAACGAUAGUUGCAAUUCUUCCAUGUCUAACAGUCAAGUUUCAUCUAUGCAAAAUGACAUGUUGGUUGAUGUUGAAAACAAUCCAGAUAGUCAAGGUAAAGCACUGUCAAGCGAAAACACUAAAACACCCAAAAAGAGAGGCCGCAAAAAGGGAUCUAAGGGAGUUGAUGCUGUCUUAGCAGCACAAAUUUCUAACACUAACUUUAUGAAUUCGCAACUUUUCGAGAGUUCAUCAAAACUUCUUUCAGUCGUUUCUCUCACUGCUGGGAACAAAAAAGUCAAAACAACAAAAGAAUUACUAGCAGAUAUACAAAAUCGCAAAAUUGGUUCUUCCGCGACUUCUUCUCCAACACUCCUUAAUCAAUCACAAUCAGCGGAUAGAAGUUUACCACCUUCUCGUCCAGUAUCCCGACCUCCUUCUAGACCUUUAUCCAGAGCAGCUUCAAGACCAACUUCAAGAGCUCCAUCUGUGUGUUCAGAUCGUUCUCAUUCCCCAAGUACAUCUGAUGCAUGUACUUUAAUAACUACUGCAACUUCUACACCAGAUCAGUUUGGAAAUGUUUUACAAGUCGCAGAUUACUCAUCGGACUCCAAUUUAACUUUGCCUGGGAAUUCGAAUUUAACGAGCCAAUCAGUGAAACAAAGUUCUACCAAUGCAGAAAACACGUCGAUGAAUGUACACCAAAAUAGUGAUAUUGCGGACUGUCAUAAAACAGUUAUAGAAGAUGAAAUAAGAUCAUUAAAGGCACAAUUGGAACCUUUACAAUAUGAUGACAUUCAAAAACGAUUUCAGGAACUAAUUGAAACAGAAAUUCCAUGCACUUGUACUCUCCGCGAAGUUGACAUGCAACCAACUAAUAUUGAAAAAUCAGACUCAGCAGAGAACUUAAGUACUGUUGGCGUAUUGGAAAUUUCCGUUAGGGAUUCUGAAAGAGAAAAUGAUUCUUCUAAUUCGCACUCUAAAAAUACUGUCCAUCACAAUAAGAACGUGUUUAGCAAAAUGCAAAAAGAAAACAAAACCCAAUCAGUAACAAAAAUUGAAAAUCAACCCAAACCCAAAAAAUCAAUUUUUGACCUGGAUUACGAGGAACAUAACGAUCCAUUAAAUUCAAUUAUGUUUCAAGCAGCUGAUGUUUCAGCAAUCAAUUCUGUACCAAUAAAUAACGAGCCUGAUAAUAGGGUAGAACUGAUGAGCAGUGACUCAAAUGAUUCGAAUUCAAAAGAUUCACAAACAAAUAAAAAAAAAUUAGGUGAAUUACAAGUAGAAAAGAAAAUUUUUGAUGAGUUAAGUCAAGUACCAAUGCAACAAGAUACAAUUCAUAAUUCUGAUUUCUUAUUUGGAAUGAAAGCGGAGCAUGAUCAAGCAGAAUUUUUUUUUCCAACUACACAAUUUAAAAUAAUUGAAGAUCCGAAUUGUUUAGCCAAACAAUAUUAUGAAAUACAAACACAACAAAUGACAAAGUUUCGUAUAAAUGCCUUACAUAAUUGUUACAUAUCUGAUGUAAAUGGUGAUUGCAGUACAGAAGAUGAUAACGAAGAUGUUUGCAAUCAUGCAGAUGAUGAUGAUAUCUCGGAAAUUGAAGAGUUGCAAUCUUUUAAUCCUGCAGAAAUUGUGUAUGAUAGUGUAAAAUUAUUAUUUCCAGAUUAUGUAGACAUUGAAAAUUAUAAUAAUGAGAAAAAAGUUUCAAAUGAUGAAGAUUUUAUUUAUGAAAAUGUUGUUCCACUUUAUAGUGAUUUAGUUCAUGAUAUUAUUCCAAAAAGUUUAUGUAAUAUUAUGUAUGAUGAAAAUAUUUUAAGAAAAUUUAAAAAAAAGAAUAAAAUUAAAUUGAGAAACGAAACAAAUAAUCAAAAUAAUGAAACAUUAUCUUUAAAUGAUAAAAGUAAAAAUCUAAUUAAAUCCAAUGGUGGAAUAUGUAAAAGAUGUAAUAUAAGAAAAUCUAGUUUAUUAGGUAAUUAUCAACGUGGUAAGCAGUAUACAAAAAAUGGAAUAAAAAAUAAUGAAAAUAUGAACAAAAUGUUACAAAAUACAAUUGCUGAAGAAUUGAAUAUUAACAAUAUAGAAAUGAAUUCUGGUAAUGAAGAAGAUGAAUACAAUCACACAUUAAUUGAAAAUGAUAAUAAUGAUUCAAAUGGGAAUAAGAUCAAUGAUAAUCUUCAUUUAGAGCAAAAUAAAGCUACAACAAAAUCUGUUUGUAAUAAUACAAAUGAAAACCUAUUAUAUAGUCACUGUGAUUUAAGUACUUUAAAAACUACUGUAACUAAUACAUCUAUAGAUGAUGAUGGAGCAGAAAUCAAUUUCAAUUUAAGUAAUAAUAAUUUAAGUAAAAUUUCAAACACGGAUAUUAGUAUUGAUAAUAUCGAUGAAGAUGAUUCUAGUAAUAUUAAUUCUGCAAAUAAUUUAAAAUCUGAAUUUAAUUUACAAAAAAAAGAUAAUAUAUGUACCAAAAACAAUGAUUUUAAAAAUAUAACUUUAAAGUCAAAUAAUGAAUCAAAUGACAUAAAUGAAAAUAAUGUUCAAGAUCAUAACUCGAAUUCAUCCGAAAUCAAAACAACAAUAUCUUCAACUAAUAACGAAAAUGAAAGUUUUCAAAAAUCUUAUAAUUUAAUUUGUAAUUUAAAUGUUGAUAAUAGGUUAAAUUCCAUACAAUGUAUAAAAGAUUUUUCUACUCCUACUAUUGAUGAAAUGCAAGAAGUAACUAUUUCUACUAGUGCAACUACUACAACUUCUGCAGCUGCUACUAUUAGUAAUAAUGAUCAUAACAAUAUUAAUAUAAACAUUUUGAAUAACAAUGAUGAUAGUAAUAAUUAUGAAAAUAUCAACUUUAAUAAUAAUAGUAACUAUGAUAGCGUUAACCUUAAUAACAGUAAUUAUGUUAAUAAUGAAAAUAAUAAUAUAUUUGAUAACAGUAAUGUUAAUAAUAACAAUGAAGAUAAUAAUGACAGUCAUAAUAUUAGUAAUGAUAGUAAUAUUAUUCUUAGAAACAAUAACAUCUAUACGAAUACUGAUAAUAUAAACAGUUAUAAUAUAAAUAUUAAUAUUGAUAAUAAUAGUAAUAACAGAAAUGAUAACAGCAAUGGCAGCAUUAAUGAGAAUAAUAGUUGUCAUAACGAUGAUAAUAUUGAUGUUGAUAGUGAAAGUAAUAUUAACAGCAAUAAUAAUGAUAAUAGUAGCAACAACAAUGAUUAUGAUAAUAAUGAUAACAAUAAUAAUAAUAACAUUGUUUUUAAUUACGAUGAUGUGCACAAGAAAUGAUGUGUACAGUGACAACGGUAGCAGUUCGCAUGAUAGUAGUGCUGUGGCGACUUUAAUAUUUUUAUUAAUUUUAAUAUUUUAAAUAAAUUUGUAAUUUUUGAAUUAGUUAUUAAAUCAGAGUAAUCGAAAGAAGUUUUCAUUUUUGUAUAUUUAAAUUUUAAUUAUUAUUAUUAUUAUUAUUCUUAGAUUGUCAAAAUAAAACAACAAAAAAAGUUUUUAAAAA